ACAAAUGUCAGAAUAAGCAAUGUUUUGAAAAGUGUACGUUAAAAUUGAAUUGAACAAAUUGUGAAUAAUUUGCUAAAAUAUUUGUUUUAAAAAUGAUUGUUCAAGAAGAACCGUGGUAUAUUAGUGUUUGCGAAGAGUUGGAUGAAUUCUGUCAGAAAGUUGACGAGAAAAUAGAUAAGGAACUGCAACAGUUAAAGGCAUGCGAGAAGAGGAAUGAAUUGGAAUACAAAUUAACACAAGAACGCAAGCAUAAUGCAGAACUAAAGGAACAGCUAGCUGAGCUGAACCGGAGAUUGGACGAGCUGGAGAGGACCUGCACCAGCUUUUCCAAGCUCACCAUCACAGAGAACGAUCAGCAACGACUUGACAAUACCAAAGAAGCUUACGAACUGGCCAAAGAGCUCACAGGUAUCAGGUUCGAUUUCAGCGCGCCAGCAAACAAAAUGAGGGGAUAUAUCAAGAACGAGUCACGUAGAAUAUUGCUGCCUUUUGAUACGGACAUCGACCCCGACGCGCUGUGGGAGCUGAUGAAGACUGCGAGCGAUCCAGCGUGGUUCAACAAGGAGAACCAACAUCCUAAUUAAAUAAACCGGCUCUUACCGCACAUGUGCGAUAAUACGAUGUUACCGUAUACCUAUCAUUCCAAAGCCUUACGGUAUCGCUUCUUAAAAGCCUUUUGAGGUAUGACAGGGGACAUUUGUCAUAAUCAGGUGCGGUCAUUUUGUACUUUGCUGCCUGCUUGGCCAGUUCGUCAGCCCGUUCAUUGCCCUGAACCCCUGCGUGCGCUCUAAUCCAAAAUAGGCAUUUAUAAUAUUAGUAUGGAUUAUUAGACCUUGCCUCUAUAGCU